AUGAACGCGUCUUCUCCGCUACUACGCGCAUUCGCGCAGGCCUCACGGCUCUCUGAGUCCUGGACUUGCAGAAGCUGCGCGCGCGCCGCCAUCCGCCCCCACGUCCCGCGAGCCUCGCUCCGUCGAAACAUCAGCGGCACCGGCAAGCCCGCUCAGAACACAUCCCAGAAUGUCGCACCGACCAUGGAACAAUUGCGCGAACCAUACAAGAACAAGAACCGCGCGACUGCGUACUACGCUCUCAGCAUCAUCCUCGGGACCGUUGCUCUGUCGUACGGCUCGGUGCCAAUGUAUAAGAUGAUCUGUCAAACUACCGGCUGGGGUGGUCAGCCCAUCAAGUCAGCCGCCCACGCUUCCCUCGAUGGCGACCCCGCCGAGCGUCUCAAGCCCGUCACUUCGUCGCGUCGACUUCGCAUCACCUUCAAUGGCACCGUCUCGGAUGUGCUUCCCUGGAAAUUCGUACCUCAGCAACGCGAAGUCCGCGUCCUUCCUGGCGAGACGGCUUUGGCAUUUUAUACUGCUACCAACAAGAGCGACGAGGACAUCAUCGGCGUGGCCACGUACAGCGUCACCCCUGGCCAGGUUGCCCCGUACUUCAGCAAAAUUCAAUGCUUCUGCUUCGAGGAGCAAAGACUGAACAAGGGCGAAACCGUCGACAUGCCCGUCUUCUUCUACAUCGAUCCAAGCUUUGUCGACGAUAUAAAUAUGCGCGGAAUUGACACCAUUACGUUAAACUAUACGUUUUUUAAAGCAAAAUACGAUAAGGAUGGUCAUCUUACGCCAGUGGCGGGUUAG